UCGCUUGAAAGUAUGUUCCGCUCCUCAUCAUGAAGUCGUGAGUGAGAUUGAGAGCGAGGGCGCUACAGUCGGGGUUUUGUUUUUGUUUUAUUUUAGUUGUUUUACUUUAUUUUUUCCUCAGUCACCCAUUUCAUCUCGCCUGACCCCAGUUUUCUCUUUGUUAGUUGACGCGUCAGCCACGCCGGCUAACCUGCUAAGUUAGCUAUCUAAGGUAGUUAGCUGGUUGCAGGGCUCGAACUGAUAGCUAGUUAACGGUAGUUUUAAACAAACUGCCAUUGAUCUCGAAUCGGUUCUCUGUUGCAGUUUGAAUAAAAUCUUUCUUAAAAAAUAUCAGCGACCCUUUUAUGUUGGGCAGCACAUGCGGGACUUAUACGUAGCUUUUUAAAUUUGUGGCUAGCUAGCUUGCUUGCAGGCGGCAUGUAGGAUUAUACUUUGUUAUAAGCGUUGUUGAAAUCAUUCUUCUGGAUUUCGCGCCGUCAACUCUCGUCUUUAUUCUGUACGUCAGGGUGAUGCUUUGCCAAAAGUCAACACUGUAUUUAAUCCAGCUUGUUGGUGUUUAGUUUAGAGAGCGUUGCUGGCAUACUACCAAAACACAUAGUCAAGAAUGGACACACACUGCACUCACAGAAUCGAAUUUACAACAUAGUCACAUCCCUUCUAAAGAAGUUAGCUGGCGGGUCUCGAAGAUCAAUAACGCAUCUGUUAGUCAACUAAUCAAUUACCUGACAAAACACGCUUUUGAAUCAACUGUUAAUAAGUUAGGCUAUACAACUAGUUGGGUUGGUUAGUAGUUUAAAGGGAGUAGGUAGACAUCACCAACCGAACAACACGUCAACAAGUCAGAUACAAACUUAAACAGCAUUUUAUCUUAAACUGUAUAAUGGGAGUUCAGGGGUUUCAGGAAUAUUUAGAGAAGCGAUGUCCUGGUGCUGCGGUUCCAGUAGACCUUCUCAAACUCGCCCGGACAGCCGGCCGACAAGCCCCACACCACCACCACCACCACCAUCCCCACCACCCAAGUUCCUUGCCUCCACCUCCACCACCUGCCCGCAUUCUUAUCGAUGCAGACUCUGGGCUUCAGCGGCUCUAUGGGGGCUACCAGACCGACUGGGUAUGUGGAGGCGAGUGGAACGCGAUGCUCGGUUAUCUCGCGGCUCUCUCGCAGGCCUGUUUGUACCAAGGAGGCCUGGAGCUCGUAGUUGUAUUCAACGGCACACUCGGAAAGGAUCGCUGGCCGGAGUGGGCGCGGCGGACGCAGGGGCAGCGCCAGACUGCACAGCUCAUCGUCAACCACGUCGGCAGCAAGGCCACGCCGCCUCCUCGGGCCUGGUUCCUGCCCCCCGCUUGCCUUAGCCAUUGUGUCCGCCUGGCCAUGUUCCGUUUUCGUGUGCGGGUGGUACAGACAUUGGAGGACCACCACCAGGAGGUGCUAUCCCUAUACAGAGAUUAUGGCUUUCAAGGCCUGAUUGCACAGGACUCAGAGUUUGCUCUAUGCAACGUCACAGCCUAUUUCAGCUCUCAUGCUCUCAAGCUCUCGUGGAAUGGCAAGAACCUAACUACCCACCAGUACCUACUGUCUGAGGCUGCUCGCCAGUUGGGCCUCAAGACCCACCACCUGCCCAUCUUUGCUGCCCUGCUUGGGAACCACAUUCUGCCAGAUGAGGACUUGGCUGCCUUUCACUGGAGUCUCUUGGGCCCAGAACACCCUCUUGCCUCUCUCAAGGUAAGGGCUCACCAGUUGGUGCUCCCUCCAUGUGAGGUGGUGAUAAAAGCUGUCUCAGAGUACGUGGCAUCCAUUAAAGACCUUGGCAAUCUGGAUGCUGUGGCCAGAGAUGUUUUCAAACAGUCUCAGUCAAGGACUGAAGAUAAAAUUGAGAGAUUCAAGAAGGCAGUGGAGUACUUCUCAGCAGCUAGCAAACCCAGACCUCUUUCUAUGGGACCUUCUCCAUACCUCUUUCCAGGCUUUGGCCCUGGUCAGUUUGGUGGCCCUCCAGGCCACAUGGGGGCGAUGCAUUCUGGAAAAUCUCAGUUUGGUCCAAACCAGGUGUCAGGUGUAAAGGUGCCUUAUCCCGGUGGGCCUUAUGGACCAGGUUCUGCCUCUGGUCCCGCCCUUCUGUUCCCGAACCCACCUCCACCUCUGCAGGACUGCAAUGAUUCACUAGUUGGGAAAAUGGGCUUUGCUGAUUGGUCUGCUCCAUAUGAUUCCUCGCAUGGUGGCAGCAGACAGCCCAAUCAUCACACAGCUCCUCCAUCAGGCACCUCCCCUUCCCCAUCAUCAUCUUCGGAUGGGGAGGAACAGAAUGACACCAGCACUAACCAUUUGACUGACAAAUGUCCCAGGUGGGAGGAUCCGUCUGGUCGUGGGGGCGGAGCAUCAGGAGAGGGACACCAUGGAAAUGGCAGCGGGUCGUCUAUCCCCUCUCUUCUUUCCAUGGCAACGCGGAGUCACAUGGACAUCACAACCCCACCUCUGCCUCAGGUCAGCGCGGAGGUACUGAGAGUGGCUGAGCACAGACACAGGAGAGGAUUAAUGUACCCACAGAUUUACCACAUUCUCACCAAGGGAGAGAUGAAGAUGCCAGUGUGUAUAGAGGACGAGUGUAAUCCGGACCUCCCCCCAGCGUCUCUGCUCUUCCGCUCUGCGCGGCAGUAUGCAUAUGGAGUGCUGUUCAGUUUGGCAGAGACGCAGAGACGGCUGGAGAGGCUUGCCAUGCGCAAACGCAGCCCACUUGAGGUGCCCCCGGUGAUUGUGAAGGAAUGGUGUGCCAGUAAAGCUAAAUCAGCCCUGACGCCAGAACUUGUUCCUGCGCUGUGUUUCCGAGAGUGGACCUGUCCGAACUUGCGGCGCCUUUGGCUUGGCCGCGCCUCAGAGGACCGCAGCCGCAGGACCCGGGCUUUCCUGGCGUGCAUGCGCUCCGACUGCCCGGCCUUGUUAAACCCAGCCAACGUGCCAUCCCACCUGCUUCUCAUGUGCUGUGUGCUCAGGUAUAUGAUGCAGUGGCCAGGUGGUCGUAUUCUUCAGCGCCAUGAACUGGACGCUUUCCUGGCCCAAGCCGUUUCCAACCAACUGUACGAGCCCGACCAGCUCCAGGAACUCAAGGUGGAGAAGGUGGACAGUCGUGGGGUGCAGCUGGCUGCUCUCUUUAUGAGUGGAGUGGACACAGCUCUGUUCGUUAAUGAUGUUUGUGGGCAGCCCCUGCCCUGGGACCACUGCUGCCCCUGGGGCUUUUUCGACGGCAAACUCUUCCAGAGCAAACUGGCCCGUGCCACCAGAGACAGAGCAGCCCUGCUGGACAUGUGCGAGGGGCAGGAAGAACUGGUGUCUCGGGUUGAGAAAAUGCGUCAGGCCAUCCUAGAGGGCAUCAACUUAUCUCGUCCCCCUCCUCCACCACCCCCACUACCGCCUCCUGCCUUUUUGCCCCCAGCCAUGGUGCCCCCUUUCUACCCCAUGCCCCCACUGUACCCUCCACGCCCACUGGGCUCCAUGCCUCCGCCUCAUCACCCUCACCAUCAACAUCAGCAUCGACCACGAGCUUUCCCAGGUAUUCAGUCCAUACCUCCACAGGGGGGGAAGUUGGAAAUUGCCGGUAUGGUGGUGGGUCAGUGGGCUGGGAACAGGCCAAAUCGCGGCAGAGGGGGAUUCAACAUGCAGGUGGUGUCAGUAGGUGGAGGAAAAGGAAGGGGUAAGGAAGUGAUAACAAAAGGAAAGGCAGGCAAGAAAGUGACCACCAACAAAACACAGACUCUGUCCUCAUCACCACCCUCUGAGAGUCCCCCAAAACUGAAUGAGGAUGCCAAGGAGACUGGGCGUCCCUCUGGAACCAAUGAGGGACCUGGGGGUGUGUCCCAACAGCUCAAUGGAAGCUCUUCAGGAAGCGCCACCAGUCAGCCUCUUGAUCUGCCACCACUGGCCCAGCCAAUCCCGUGUGCCUUAGCCAGCAGAGACAACCAAUCAGGAGAUAGGGUGGAGGUAGAGGCCCCUUGUUGCCUUGACGACUGCCCAUCAGAUGGUGCACUACAGAAAGAGGAGUGAUUAUAUCCCCUAAUGUAAUGAGAAUGAGUGAGUGAGAGAGAGAGAGAGAGAGAGAGAGAGAGAGAAGGAAUGAUCAACGUUAGACUGCCUUUUCCUCAAAAAAAGAUAUUUUAGGGCACAGUAGCCACUUUUUAUGUUGUAAGCGGUUUAAUUUGUGAAACUACACAUGCUGGGAACUACCAUUGGACAGAGUGGGUAGGAACGUGGUCUAUAUGCCAUCUGAGGUAUAGGUUUUGAUACAGCAGAGUAAUGUUUAAUCAAAUUUGAUUUGAAAUCAGAAAUAUGGAUUUCAGUAACAUUUGGUUACACAGUGCUCUCUCUCUCCAUCUUUCAGUUAUGGACCAUAUCCUUCCCACAGUCCCAUUAUUGUUGUAUUGUGACAAGCUCUCAUUUUUUUUCUUUUUUUUUCAUCAUUGUUUUCUCCCAGGACACCCAUAGAUUGCAUACAACAGUAAAUGCCCAAAGUGAAUUUGAAUAUUAACCCACUCUGGAAAAGAUGACAAUAUGAAGUUACCACAUUUGAAGUGCUUUAGUGUUAAACGGUACAGCAGUGGCCGUGACAAAUCACGCUACUGAUUAAACACAGCUCAAUGGGAGGGUAUUUUUCUAACAUUUUGCUGACCUACUCUAGUGGAAAAACCCCUUCUGAAGGAGUUGUUUAAGAUUGUGGCUUGUUUUAAUUUAUAUGCCACUUAGUGUGAACAUACAUGCCAAGGGAUUCUUUAAUAAUAAUUGCGUUAGUUUGAGAUUUGGGCCAUCGCGUGAACACAUUGCCACAGGCUCAGUCACAGAGACCAAGGCCUAGUCUGUGUUGUCCCUUGAAGGCUUGUCAUGAGUGAUUCUAUCUGAAGACUUGGUUGCUUGGAUACUGACAGGAUGCUGCUAGUGAUUUCAAACAAGCAGCAGACCAGAUGUUUGUCAACGUAUUGCUCAUGAAAAAGAGGGACCAGAAAGUUGGCACAGUCUGCUGCUUUACAGGCAGUAUCACAUAGUAUAGAGAAACGUGACGUUUGGAAAGGUGGCGAGCAGUUGAGUGAGGGAUGUGUAAGUAAUGAGGCGGAAUGAUGGGAGAAAAGAACUGAAUGGGUUACAGUGACCAUUUCCUAUGCCAGCCUUGCACAUUUCUGGAUUGUGAUGCGUUUGCUCUCAAGCAGGAGCUCUGCGAUGAGCGGUUUUGGGAAUCCCUUGGCAUCUGCUGCUGAGGAACCAACAUGUAGCACCAGUACAGCCCUGAAAGAUGUAUUUUUUCUUAAUAUAUAUAUAUAUAUGAAAGGUCAAAAAUAUUUGAAAGUAUGUUUUUAAGCACCUUAAAGCCCCAAAAGGUAGUUUAUGCAAUCUCUAAAGAAAAAAAUCCAAAUUGACAAAUAUUGCCCCUGUAAUUUGAUUGUAUGUCACCUUGCACUUCUUAUUUAUUAUUAUGAUUAGGACUUCAUAGAGUAAUUUGUCCGGUUUUCCCCACCAUUUGUUAUUACUGGUAAAAAAAAAAGUUGGUCUGAGGUACCAGCAGCCCUUAUCUUUGUGGACAGUGUGACUGUCUUGAAAUGCUUUUACAUUGCGUGUUGUGAAUCGGAAGUAGCCCAGUCGAAUGUGAACAGAGUGUGGCUUGCGUUGCACUUUGUUUUAAAAACACACACUGGAUCGUCCUCGAACCAGGAUAAAAAAAAAAGGCGAGGCCUGUGCAAAAGUCACGAGAAAAGAGAAAGAAACGUCGGAGAGCAUACCAUAAAACCGUUGGUCAUUCAAGCUUUUGUAUAUAAACCUAAAUGUACAUGAUCUCAGUACGCAGUAAUGUAGUGGAGUGAUUCUGUUGAUGGUAGAGAAUGCAUGUGACCCAACCCAACUGAAAAGCCCCUCUCUGGAAAAAAAACAAAACAAAAAAACUCAUCCCUCAUUUCUUUUCUUGGAUUUCUUACGCUUAUCUGAUGUCUCAAUGUGCACAAAAACUCGAAGGCUUGUUCCUGUCUGCUUUUUACCUAUGCCUUGUGCCUAAAAUGCCAGUAGAAUGUUAUUUUUUGUGUUUACCCACCAUAGUUAAACCAUUUUUAUUGUUUUGGUAGUAAGAGAUAUUUCAGACGUUUUCCAGGGAUAAAUUAUGACCUUUUGUCAUCAUCUGGUCAGUGAAGUUAGAUAAAAGUCCUGUAUUUGUGGCCUCUGUGGACCUCAGCUCAUGUGAAGUCAGUCUUGUCCUGUUUUUGUGACAGGAGCUCACAAAGCAUUUAAUGUUACUGAACAUGUUUCAGUAGAGGUCAACAGCAAAGCCAAACCUAGAACCAAGCGAUAAAUCCAUAUAAUUUCAGCCCACUUUUUGAGAAAAGGAUGAAUAAUGUUUUCCUUUAAAAAACUUGUUUAGUACUAAUUUUGGAUGAAAUGAAAGAACUUGAAGUCUGUCAAGGAAAAAAAUCACAUGCUAAAAUGCAGAAAUGUGGUCAGUUGCAGCAGCUGCCUUAGCAGAAUAAGACUGACCUUACAGAGAGAGAUUUGUAAGCAGUUUUGGCAGUUAGAUGCAUGUGUCCACACAAAAGAAUAUGAUUUUAAGCCCAGUUAAUAGAAAUGAAAAAGAAUCUUUGCACAAACUAUGGGAUAGGAAAUAAAAUAUCUCCUUGAAAGGCAAGUCAGUAAGAUGCACCUUAUUUUGUUACAUUACUAAAUUAUGACACUCUUUCUUGUGCCACAAAAUAUAUAUUGAAAGAUCUGUAAAUCAGAUGAUGAGAAAUCCUUAAUAUUUCAAUUUUCAUGUAUUUCAGAAUAUUUCUCCUACUGACAGAACCCCUUGUGUUUACUCUGACAGGACCAUUUUAAAUCCCUCUUUAAAAAAAACCCAACAAAAACAAAUAAAAAAAAUACAAAGAAAAAGAUUCAUCAGCAAGCUUUGACCAAGGGUGAUUGGUAAUCACAAUAGAGCUUGAGAGUGAAGUUAAAACUUACAGUGUUUUCUUAGAGUAAAAGUUUGUUUGUGAAAGUACUGAACAUACUUCACAAGAAUAUAUUAAAAAAUCAAGACUAAUCUAGACUGUAGCAUGACAGGCUGUGUACUUCAACUAACACAAUAUGCUAAAUGCAUAUGCUAAACAGCUUUGAAGUCUGAACUUUACGUUAUACAUUAUUUGUCACGAUGAUAAAAAUGUACAGAUGUGCAUGAGUAAGAGAGAGGGUGUUAUAAUCACCCCCCCCAGGCACGUGCCAGCACCUGCACUGGUUCUCUUUCUCGCACACACGCACACACUCUGACAUACACUUACACACUCUCACACACUCUUACACUCAAGCUCACACACAUCCAUGAAUUUUCAGUUGCUUCCCUCGUGAACUCUCAGUCUCGUUACCAUUCAUAAUGAAGUGACAGUGCUGUGGAACUAAAUUUGACCUUAUUGUUGCUAAGGAACAGCUGUUUGAUUUUGAAGGUAGCAUAAGUUAAUUCUGAAUUGGUACAGUGGCUAAACUAGUUCAGACAAGCUCCACAAAAACACACUUACAAACUCUCUUUAGCGUUCUGUUUUUAGAGAGAGAGUUUUAAAUGUCGUACACACUCAUAUACACCAGUGAAUUAUUGUCCGAAAUGAUGUCAUUUUCUAUCUUAGUUCAUUACUUUGAUGUUUAAUUAGUGAUAUUCAAUGUUUGGCAGCCAGUUUACCCUUAACUAUGCCCCAUCUAUCAUUGUUUUUCCAUUGGUUUAUCUCUUGCCUCCCAACAUAUCUUUUCAUCCACUCUUUACCACACUUUGUAGAGGGUUAAGACAAAAUGAAACAUACAGAUGUCUGCAUCUUAACAAGAUUGCUAAUUGUGUCACAGUUAGUAAUGUCAGUUCCUUUUUUGGCUUUGUAGCCCCUGUCAUGUUUAGCAUGGAACCCUCUUUUACUAUAGAUGUGUCUAUCUGUCAACACGAUCAAAACCCAAUAAGAACACACAUACAGAAUCGCAUGGUCUCUCAUAUGUUUGCUCAUUAUACUGAUUACAACACUUUGCUCUCCCAUUGUUAUUACAUUAGUCACGUAUAUUCUCACAACACCUGAAAAACACUCACACACGCACUCUUACCUGUAAGGGUAAUUUGCCAUAGUUGCUACACCCAUUAAGCAGCACCUUCUUAGUUACUGUUCUUCAGUUUUUAGUCCAUAAAUAGCGUCCAAUAGACCCUGUUCUUUCCUAUCUUUUAAAUGAUUUAUUCUGAUCUCCCCGUUUCCUUCAUCAAUGCCAUAGCUCCACCCCAUCCUACUAACAGUAAGGGUAAUAUUAAUCGUAAUACUCAGUCUUUAUGUAAUCUUAGCUACAAGUUGGAAAGAAGUGUUCAAAGUAAACAACAAAAGAAUCUAAUGUAACCGUAUUUGGUUUUGUUCAGUUGUGAAAUUGUUUUUUUUUUUCUUUCUACUUUUAAUGCUAUAAGAACAGCUACUCCUUUGAACGUUGCUGCAGUUAGUAUUAUGAUGCGCUUAGCAGAAUUAGGGUUUUUUUAUUUUCAACUGUAAUGAUUGCAAUUUUCCUUACCUCUACUGUACACAAUAUUGUUUCCGACCACUUCACCAUUAUGAUGUAAUAAUUGCCCAACAGGAAUAAUUCUGGUUUUGUUUCUUUAAGACAUCUAUCAAUUACCAGUUUUGAGCUUGCUCGUUCAAAAGUUGAUUUCUUCAAAAUGAUCAAUGCAUCCUUGCACAAAGCAAAAAAGAAAAAAAAAUAUCUGAAUGACUAAGAACCAAAGUACAUGUAUUUCCUAUCUGUUUCUGUUGACCCUAGAUUAGUUUCUGUACUUGAUUUUAUAUAUAUGGCACCCAUAUAUAUCUAUAUAUAUAGAAUAUAUAUUUGUAUGUUUUCAGUGAUCAUGAAAUGAAAAAGAUUAAAUGGGUCCAUAAUCAGAAACUGAAUGAAGGAAAUGUGAUGUUUACAUCUUUUUGGUGAAAAGUGGCCAAGUCCUGUAUUGUCCAGUUUCAUUGCUAAAACUAGAUUUUUUUUUCUCUCCCUCAAGUAGAGCCUUGGGCAGAGGUCUUGCUGAAUAUAAAUCCAAAAACCCCUCCCUGACUCCCGCAUAUGUAUAAUGUCCCCUUUGAAAAUGUAGCUACAUCUGUAUUCACAGAUAGAGUGAAGUGUGACUCCACUUACUAUAAACAUGCUCACACAUGGUAAUUGUUAAAAGGAGUUGUUGCCCGUGUAUUCCUGUAGAUCUGUGUCUGAAGCUAUGAUUUGAUUUUUUUUUUCUUCCUUUUUGGCUUCAGUUUUCCCCUGUAUUCUUGCUCUAAAACCCUUCACCACACAGGAGCAGAUCUCUGCUCUCGACCUGCAUUGUAACCCUGUUUGUGAGAACAGCAAUGUGUUGUGUAGAAUGGUCCACCAUUAUCCUGAUUUGGCAGGAUGAGUUUUCUCUUCGGUAUGUCUUUAUGGCUUUAUAGCAUGUCACCCCCCCCCCCCCCCCCCCCCCAAUAUCUUUAGGGCAUAUUUACAGCAGGACAUGUUAGUAGGCAACACAUUCUGUCUGUUCCUAGAAGAGUGAUUCAUUCGUUAAGACAAAAAGCCUUGAUACAUGUAUCAGAAUCUUCUGAGGAACUUGUGUAGUGAAGGGUAUUU